GAAACAGUAAUUAUUUCUGCUUUUCUUACAUGGGUUCGUUUUGUCUAAUUAAGGUUAUUUAUGGCUCAAGUUUUUUGGGUGGGCUCGUCUGAAUUAAAACUUGGAAUCCAGUUUUAUUAAUUCUGAGGUUCAGCAAAUUUGAGAACAUGGGUUAGUGUUAGAAUUUGUAGAACUUGAUUUUAUUGCCUUGUUUGAAUUCUAAGUGCGCAUCUUUGAACAAAGGUAGAAACUUUAGUUCAUGGGGUAUAAUUACUAUUCAGCAUCGCGAGUUUUAUGUAUUUAGGCCAAAAAGACAAGGCUGUCUUGUUUGUUUUGGUACUAUUGUUACUGCACUUCUUCUGCUAAUUAUUAAGAGUAACUCAAUUUGUUCCGGUGUCUGCUUAAGGCGUUUGUCUUCACAAAAUUUUUUGUGGCUUAUUCUGUUUACUUUUUAUUUUAUGAAAAAAAAUAUCUAUAUGGUUGUUAAAACAUGAAGAUGAUAUUUUUAUGCUUUGGCAUCUGGGAUGAAUUUCUUGUUUCUUUUUCUUGUUGUGAUUGUCGGUUCGCCCACUACAGAUGCUUUUAAGUCUUGAAAGUGCCUUUUUCCCUUGUAGUCGGUAGCUUUUCAUGCUUGCAUAAUAUGAAGAGUUGGAUCAGGGUCAAUAGUGCUACAGUUAUUGUCAGGAUCUAUUCUGGAAUAACUUUUUUUUUUCUGGGUUGAUGAUAAAAAAUUUGAUUCUAAGAAUGGUUAAUUUGGACGGCUGAUGAUAGAGUUCAGUUUUUGCUCAUUUCUUCAUAUGAUUUGUUACCAUGGAUGAAUCAAUGGAGUCAUGGUUUAAUCCUGGACAGUGCUUGUAAUUCUUUACUAUUGCAUAACGGGUACUACAUAUGUGAUUGGAGGUGGAAAUCAGAUGGGGACUUGUUGUUACUAGGGUGAUCUUCUACCACUGCAGAUAAUGGACAAUUGGCUUCAAACAUUUGUGUCCACAAAAGACUCAUCUUAUGGUCAACUAUUUAACAUUGUCUGCUGAAUGAUAGCAUGUAUCAUAAGAAUUGUUUACAAGUAGAGGGAAUCAUUGUAACUGAAAAGAAGCUACUACUAUCUUUUCGGUAUUGAGAAGGCCAAGUCAAUCAGUAGUUUUAGAUGCAAACUUCUCAGAAGCACCGAAAUCCAGCCGGUAUUCAUGGUUUUUACAACCACCCACAAGAGAUUGAUCAGUAUGGUUUGUCUCAUAUACAAAUUUUAGAGAACAGUGCAUUCUCAGAUGUUGGCAGCCAAGGAACCAGUGUCUCCUUUCAAACCUACAAGGAAGAAUAUUUUACCUUGGAAUCAUCCUCGGCUAAUGCAGGUUUUGUUGGCUAUGAUUCACCUGCUGCUAGUGUCUCAUCUAACCGAAGUCCCUUUUCACCCCAAGGUUCAAAUUCAUGUCUGUCAGAUCCUCAUCGUUCUCCUGACAACACAUAUGGAUCUCCAAUGAGUGGAGUUUCAUCUGCUGAUGAUGAAAAUGCAUUGAUGAGGCAGAAAUUAAGGGAACUGGAAUUUUUGUUACUGGGGUCUGAAUCUGAUAUAACAAACUGUGACUUCUGCUUCCACCAUGCUGAUCAACAGGCAAGGUGGGAUUGGACCCGAAUGGAGGAAAUGAUUCCUAGAUUAGAUACGAGGCAGAUUCUUUUUGCUUGUGCUCAGGCAAUAUCUGAUGGUGACAUCUCCAGAGCAGCAGCUUUAAUGCAUGUGUUGGAGCAAAUGGUGUCAGUCUCUGGAGAGCCAAUACAGAGGUUAGGAGCUUAUAUGUUGGAAGGGCUUAGAGCAAGGGUGGAACUCUCAGGAAGUAAAAUCUAUAGAGCCUUGAAAUGUGAAGCUCCAGUGAGCUCAGAUCUGAUGACAUACAUGGGUAUUCUCUUUAAGAUCUGUCCAUACUGGAGGUUUGCUUACACUUCUGCCAAUGUUAUUAUUCGAGAAGCUGUGGAAUACGAGCCUAGGAUUCAUAUAAUUGAUUUCCAAAUUGCUCAGGGCACCCAAUGGAUUUACCUUAUGCAGGCACUUGCAGAUCGGCCAGGUGGUCCACCGGCUAUUCGAAUUACUGGUGUUGAUGAUCCCCAAUCAGCUUAUGCUCGUGGUGGAGGACUUGAUAUUGUAGGGAAAAGGCUAUCAAGUUUUGCCGAGUCGCACAAUGUGCCAUUUCAGUUCCACGAUGCCGCAAUGUCUGGCUGUGAGGUUCAACUUGAACAUCUUUGUGUGCGACCUGGGGAAGCUGUGGUUGUGAAUUUUCCAUAUGUAUUGCACCACAUGCCAGAUGAAAGUGUGAGCACUUGGAAUCACAGAGAUCGAUUAUUGAGGCUGGUGAAGAGUUUGUCCCCAAAGGUCGUGACCCUCAUUGAGCAAGAAUCCAACACUAAUACUAAACCAUUCCUUCCUAGGUUCAAGGAAACACUAGAAUAUUACAAUGCUAUGUUUGAAUCAAUUGAUGCUGGUUCCUCUAGGGAUGACAAGCAGAGGAUAAAUGCAGAGCAGCACUGUGUGGCACGGGACAUUGUCAAUAUGAUUGCUUGCGAGGGUGCUGACAGGGUCGAACGCCAUGAAGUCUUUGGGAAGUGGAGGUCGCGAUUUAUGAUGGCAGGAUUUACACAGCAUCCGCUAAGUUCCCAGGUGACUAUUGCCGUCAGAGAUUUGUUGAAGGAAUAUGACAGGAGAUAUGGACUUCAAGAGAAGGAUGGGGCUCUAUACCUAUGGUGGAUGAAUACAGCCAUGUCAUCCUCUUCCGCUUGGAGGUGAAAGUGAAAGUUCUAGUAGUGUUAGUUCCACAUAACAUCUGUAAAUUUUGACUGUUUUUUUGGCUGUUGCAUUUGGGGCAAUGACCUAUAGUGAUGUUUGCACUUAGAAGUGAGAAUUAGCGCCUUUUUCAGAUACUAGUGUCAAUCAGAGAAACAAACUCUAAUUCACUGUACAUGCCCACCUAAUGAAAAAGACAGCUCUUCCCUA